AUGCCCAGCUCCACAGGGAAUGAGGUCACUGGAAGCACAGCUUUGACAGGGACCUUCUCCGAGCAAUCCUACACUUCUUCAUACCAUACCAGCUUUGACAGGGACCUCACCAAUGUCAAUACAACCACAGCUUUCAUGACUUCUCCUCCAGGUGAAACACCGAGCAGCACCGCAAAUACAGGCCUCACCGACAACGAGGGAAGUACGGUCAUUGAUCGCACAGAUUCUUCCGCAGAUCAAACUCCUACCCCCACAGAAAACGGUAGCACCACAGGAACCCCUGUCACUGCAACUCUAGCUCCAACAAGAACACCCUCCCAAGAAAAACCAAGCCCUUCCGCGGAAGCCAGCAGCACCAUAAUUGAUGUCAGCCCUCAAGCAGCAUCGACCUCACUCUCAGGGGAAGGAGAUACCCGUACAUCAAGUGGCAGCAGGUCGACGCAGAUCAGUACCAGCCUCAGCGAUGGGACCGCAGACGUGAUUUCCCCAAGUACCCUCCCCGGGACAACGCAGAGCUUCACAACAUUCAGCAUGCCGGAGAACAAUGGGACUCUAGCCUCAGCUUUUACAACUUCUCCUUCGGGUUUAACACAGAGUCUCCCCUCCCAGGCCGAUACCACCAUAAAUAAUUCCCCUGAAACCACCCCAUACACAAGUACUCUCUCCUCCGAGACACUCAGUUCUGCGACAGCGCACAUCGCACCAGAAAAUGCCACUGGCACAGCAACUGAUGCCACUUCAAAACCCGCAUCCGCAAGUACUCCCUCGGCAGAAGCACAGGUCUCACCAACCAUGCCCAGCCCCACAGGGAAUGAGGUCGCUGGAAGCACAGCUUUGACAGGGACCCUCUCCGAGCAAUCCUACACUUCUUCAUACCAUACCAGCAGCGCCUUCAGUAAUGUCACCACAAAGGCAGCUUUCUUCACCUCUCCCUCCACUGCAGCCCACAACUCUGAAUCCUCACAAAGGCCCUCAGCAGAGCCCAGCACAACAACGAGGGAAGCCACUGCAAGCAUAGCUUCCAUAAGUGUUCCCUUGGAUGAAACGCACACUCCCUCAACAUCGCUCAGGACCACCGGGAUUCAAGCCAGUAGACACACAGCUUCAACCACUGCUCCUUCAGAGGAAACCGACAGCCCUCCACCAAGUUCGAAUCCCACAGGGAACGAUAUCGGUAACACCCUGGCUACCAUCCGGACAACCUCAGUGGAGACACGCAGGCCCACAACGGCGCACAGCCAUUUAACCCAAACGAGUUCCACAACGGCUCAUGUGGCUACCACAACCCAUUCCGGAAACACUCCCUUGUGGGAAACGCACACCUCCCUGACCACGCUCGACAGCACUGGGACAGAUAGCACCAUCGACGUGGCUUUAACUACAUCCCUCUCACCUGAAAGUCAUACCUCCUCAUCGGAUUCCACUAGAACCUUAACCGAUUUCUCCACCACCAUCACGAGUACAACAUCUGCCGGCCGAGAAACAUCCAGCUCGGAUACAGAUCUCAGCCGCUCAGCAUCACCGAGCAACGUGACGAGCACAGCGUCCACGAGUGCUGUCUCCGGUGAAAUGCGCACUUCUGAAAAAGCCCCCAGCGCCACCACAAGUGAUAUCAAUCCUAGCACACCUUCCCCAAGACCUUUAACUGCAGAAACCCCAGGCUUCCCAACCUAUAGCAGCCCCACCGUUACCAAUGUCAAUACAACCACAGCUUUCAUGACUUCUCCUCCAGGUGAAACAUCGAGCAGCACUGCAAAUACAGGCCUCACCGACAACGAGGGAAGUACGGUCAUUGAUCGCACAGAUUCUCCCGCAGAUCAAACUCGUACCCCCACAGAAAAUGGUAACACCACAGGAACUCCUGUCACUGCAACUCCAGCUCCAACAAGAACACCCUCCCAAGAAAAACCAAGCCCUUCCGCGGAAGCCAGCAGCACCAUAACUGAUGUCAGCCCUCAAGCAGCAUCAACCUCACUCAGGGAAGGAGAUACCCGUACAUCAAGUGGCAGCAGGUCGACGCAGAUCAGUACCAGCCUCAGCGAUGGGACCGCAGACGUGAUUUCCCAAGCCGAUACCACCAUGAAUAAUUCCUCUGAAACCACCCCAUACACAAGUACUCUCUCCUCCGAGACACUCAGUUCUGCGACAGCGCACAGCGCACCAGAAAAUGCCACUGGCACAGCAACUGAUGCCACUUCAAAACCCGCAUCCGCAAGUACUCCCUCGGCAGAAGCACAGGUCUCACCAACCAUGCCCAGCCCCACAGGGAAUGAGGUCGCUGGAAGCACAGCUUUGACAGGGACCCUCUCCGAGCAAUCCUACACUUCUUCAUACCAUACCAGCAGCGCCUUCAGCAAUGUCACCACAAAGGCAGCUUUCUUCACCUCUCCCUCCACUGCAGCCCACAACUCUGCAUCCUCACAAAGGCCCUCAGCAGAGCCCAGCACAACAACGAGGGAAGCCACUGCAAGCAUAGCUUCCACAAGUGUUCCCUUGGAUGAAACACACACUCCCUCAACAUCGCUCAGGACCACCGGGAUUCAAGCCAGUAGACACACAGCUUCAACCACUGCUCCUUCAGAGGAAACCGACAGCCCUCCACCAAGUUCGAAUCCCACAGGAAACGAUAUCGGUACCACCCUGGCUACCAUCCGGACAACCUCAGUGGAGACACGCAGCCCCGCAACGGCGCACAGCCAUUUAACCCAAACGAGUUCCACAACGGCUCAUGUGGCUACCACAACCCAUUCCGGAAACACUCCCUUGUGGGAAACGCACACCUCCCUGACCACGCUCGACAGCACUGGGACAGAUAGCACCAUCGACGUGGCUUUAACUACAUCCCUCUCACCUGAAAGUCAUACCUCCUCAUCGGAUUCCACUAGAACCUUAACCGAUUUCUCCACCACCAUCACGAGUACAACAUCUGCCGGCCGAGAAACAUCCAGCUCGGAUACAGAUCACAGCCGCUCAGCAUCACCGAGCAACGUGACGAGCACAGCGUCCACGAGUGCUGUCUCCGGUGAAAUGCGCACUUCUGAAAAAGCCCCCAGCGCCACCACGAGUGAUAUCAAUCCUAGCACACCUUCCCCAAGACCUUUAACUGCAGAAACCCCAGGCUUCCCAACCUAUCGCAGCCCCACCGUUACCAAUGUCAAUACAACCACAGCUUUCAUGACUUCUCCUCCAGGUGAAACACCGAGCAGCACCGCAAAUACAGGCCUCACCGACAACGAGGGAAGUACGGUCAUUGAUCACACAGAUUCUCCCACAGAUCAAACUCGUACCCCCACAGAAAACGGUAGCAUCACAGGAACUCCUGUCACUGCAACUCCAGCUCCAACAAGAACACCCUCCCAAGAAAAACCAAGCCCUUCCGCGGAAGCCAGCAGCACCAUAACUGAUGUCAGCCCUCAAGCAGCAUCGACUUCACUCUCAGGGGAAGGAGAUACCCGUACAUCAAGUGGCAGCAGGUCGACGCAGAUCAGUACCAGCCUCAGCGAUGGGACCGCAGACGUGAUUUCCCCAAGUACCCUCCCCGGGACAACGCAGAGCUUCACAACAUUCAGCAUGCCGGGGAACAAUGGGACUCUAGCCUCAGCUUUUACAACUUCUCCUUCGGGUUUAACACAGAGUCUCCCCUCCCAGGCCGAUACCACCAUGAAUAAUUCCUCUGAAACCACCCCAUACACAAGUACUCUCUCCUCCGAGACACUCAGUUCUGCGACAGCGCACAGCGCACCAGAAAAUGCCACUGGCACAGCAACUGAUGCCACUUCAAAACCCGCAUCCGCAAGUACUCCCUCGGCAGAAGCACAGGUCUCACCAACCAUGCCCAGCCCCACAGGGAAUGAGGUCGCUGGAAGCACAGCUUUGACAGGGACCCUCUCCGAGCAAUCCUACACUUCUUCAUACCAUACCAGCAGCGCCUUCAGCAAUGUCACCACAAAGGCAGCUUUCUUCACCUCUCCCUCCACUGCAGCCCACAACUCUGCAUCCUCACAAAGGCCCUCAGCAGAGCCCAGCACAACAACGAGGGAAGCCACUGCAAGCAUAGCUUCCACAAGUGUUCCCUUGGAUGAAACACACACUCCCUCAACAUCGCUCAGGACCACCGGGAUUCAAGCCAGUAGAUACACAGCUUCAACCACUGCUCCUUCAGAGGAAACCGACAGCCCUCCACCAAGUUCGAAUCCCACAGGAAACGAUAUCGGUACCACCCUGGCUACCAUCCGGACAACCUCAGUGGAGACACGCAGCCCCGCAACGGCGCACAGCCAUUUAACUCAAACGAGUUCCACAACGGCUCAUGUGGCUACCACAACCCAUUCCGGAAACACUCCCUUGUGGGAAACGCACACCUCCCUGACCACGCUCGACAGCACUGGGACAGAUAGCACCAUCGACGUGGCUUUAACUACAUCCCUCUCACCUGAAAGUCAUACCUCCUCAUCGGAUUCCACUAGAACCUUAACCGAUUUCUCCACCACCAUCACGAGUACAACAUCUGCCGGCCGAGAAACAUCCAGCUCGGAUACAGAUCUCAGCCGCUCAGCAUCAUCGAGCAACGUGAUGAGCACAGCGUCCACGAGUGCUGUCUCCGGUGAAAUGCGCACUUCUGAAAAAGCCCCCAGCGCCACCACGAGUGAUAUCAAUCCUAGCACACCUUCCCCAAGACCUUUAACUGCAGAAACCCCAGGCUUCCCAACCUAUAGCAGCCCCACCGUUACCAAUGUCAAUACAACCACAGCUUUCAUGACUUCUCCUCCAGGUGAAACACCGAGCAGCACCGCAAAUACAGGCCUCACCGACAACGAGGGAAGUACGGUCAUUGAUCGCACAGAUUCUCCCGCAGAUCAAACUCGUACCCCCACAGAAAAUGGUAACACCACAGGAACUCCUGUCACUGCAACUCCAGCUCCAACAAGAACACCCUCCCAAGAAAAACCAAGCCCUUCCGCGGAAGCCAGCAGCACCAUAACUGAUGUCAGCCCUCAAGCAGCAUCGACCUCACUCUCAGGGGAAGGAGAUACCCGUACAUCAAGUGGCAGCAGGUCGACGCAGAUCAGUACCAGCCUCAGCGAUGGGACCGCAGACGUGAUUUCCCCAAGUACCCUCCCCGGGACAACGCAGAGCUUCACAACAUUCAGCAUGCCGGGGAACAAUGGGACUCUAGCCUCAGCUUUUACAACUUCUCCUUCGGGUUUAACACAGAGUCUCCCCUCCCAGGCCGAUACCACCAUGAAUAAUUCCUCUGAAACCACCCCAUACACAAGUACUCUCUCCUCCGAGACACUCAGUUCUGCGACAGCGCACAGCGCACCAGAAAAUGCCACUGGCACAGCAACUGAUGCCACUUCAAAACCCGCAUCCGCAAGUACUCCCUCGGCAGAAGCACAGGUCUCACCAACCAUGCCCAGCCCCACAGGGAAUGAGGUCGCUGGAAGCACAGCUUUGACAGGGACCCUCUCCGAGCAAUCCUACACUUCUUCAUACCAUACCAGCAGCGCCUUCAGCAAUGUCACCACAAAGGCAGCUUUCUUCACCUCUCCCUCCACUGCAGCCCACAACUCUGCAUCCUCACAAAGGCCCUCAGCAGAGCCCAGCACAACAACGAGGGAAGCCACUAGGAAACUGACAGCCUCCACCAAGUUCGAAUCCCACAGGAAGCGAUAUCGGUACCACCUGGCUACCAUCCGGACAACCUCAGUGGAGACACGCAGCCCCGCAACGGCGCACAGCCAUUUAACUCAAACGAGUUCCACAACGGCUCAUGUGGCUACCACAACCCAUUCCGGAAACACUCCCUUGUGGGAAACGCACACCUCCCUGACCACGCUCGACAGCACUGGGACAGAUAGCACCAUCGACGUGGCUUUAACUACAUCCCUCUCACCUGAAAGUCAUACCUCCUCAUCGGAUUCCACUAGAACCUUAACCGAUUUCUCCACCACCAUCACGAGUACAACAUCUGCCGGCCGAGAAACAUCCAGCUCGGAUACAGAUCUCAGCCGCUCAGCAUCAUCGAGCAACGUGAUGAGCACAGCGUCCACGAGUGCUGUCUCCGGUGAAAUGCGCACUUCUGAAAAAGCUCCCAGCGCCACCACGAGUGAUAUCAAUCCUAGCACACCUUCCCCAACACCUUUAACUGCAGAAACCCCAGGCUUCCCAACCUAUAGCAGCCCCACCGUUACCAAUGUCAAUACAACCACAGCUUUCAUGACUUCUUCUCCAGGUGAAACACCGAGCAGCACCGCAAAUACAGGCCUCACUGACAACGAGGGAAGUACGGUCAUUGAUCACACAGAUUCUCCCGCAGAUCAAACUCGUACCCCCACAGAAAAUGGUAGCACCACAGGAACUCCUGUCACUGCAACUCCAGCUCCAACAAGAACACCCUCCCAAGAAAAACCAAGCCUUUCCACGGAAGCCAGCAGCACCAUAACUGAUGUCAGCCCUCAAGCAGCAUCGACCUCACUCUCAGGGGAAGGAGAUACCCGUACAUCAAGUGGCAGCAGGUCGACGCAGAUCAGGACCAGCCUCAGCGAUGGGACCGCAGACGUGAUUUCCCCAAGUACCCUCCCCGGGACAACGCAGAGCUUCACAACAUUCAGCAUGCUGGGGAACAAUGGGACUCUAGCCUCAGCUUUUACAACUUCUCCUUCGGGUUUAACACAGAGUCUCCCCUCCCAGGCUGAUACCACCAUGAAUAAUUCCUCUGAAACCACCCCAUACACAAGUACUCUCUCCUCCGAGACACUCAGUUCUGCGACAGCGCACAGCGCACCAGAAAAUGCCACUGGCACAGCAACUGAUGCCACUUCAAAACCCGCAUCCAAGUACUCUCGGCAGAAGCACAGCAGCGCCUUCAGCAAUGUCACCACAAAGGCAGCUUUCACCUCUCCCUCCACUGCAGCCCACAACUCUGCAUCCUCACAAAGGCCCUCAGCAGAGCCCAGCACAACGAAGGAAGCCACUGCAAGCAUAGCUUCCACAAGUGUUCCCUUGGAUGAAACACACACUCCCUCAACAUCGCUCAGGACCACCGGGAUUCAAGCCAGUAGACACACAGCUUCAACCACUGCUCCUUUAGAGGAAACUGACAGCCCUCCACCAAGUUCGAAUCCCACAGGAAACGAUAUCGGUACCACCCUGGCUACCAUCCGGACAACCUCAGUGGAGACACGCAGCCCCGCAACGGCGCACAGCCAUUUAACCCAAACGAGUUCCACAACGGCUCAUGUGGCUACCACAACCCAUUCCGGAAACACUCCCUUGUGGGAAACGCACACCUCCCUGACCACGCUCGACAGCACUGGGACAGAUAGCACCAUCGACGUGGCUUUAACUACAUCCCUCUCACCUGAAAGUCAUACCUCCUCAUCGGAUUCCACUAGAACCUUAACCGAUUUCUCCACCACCAUCACGAGUACAACAUCUGCCGGCCGAGAAACAUCCAGCUCGGAUACAGAUCUCAGCCGCUCAGCAUCAUCGAGCAACGUGAUGAGCACAGCGUCCACGAGUGCUGUCUCCGGUGAAAUGCGCACUUCUGAAAAAGCCCCCAGCGCCACCACGAGUGAAACACCGAGCAGCACCGCAAAUACAGGCCUCACCGACAACGAGGAAAGUCUCCCCUCCCAGGCCGAUACCACCAUGAAUAAUUCCUCUGAAACCACCCCAUACACAAGUACUCUCUCCUCCGAGACACUCAGUUCUGCGACAGCGCACAGCGCACCAGAAAAUGCCACUGGCACAGCAACUGAUGCCACUUCAAAACCCGCAUCCGCAAGUACUCUCUCGGCAGAAGCACAGGUCUCACCAACCAUGCCCAGCCCCACAGGGAAUGAGGUCGCUGGAAGCACAGCUUUGACAGGGACCCUCUCCGAGCAAUCCUACACUUCUUCAUACCAUACCAGCAGCGCCUUCAGCAAUGUCACCACAAAGGCAGCUUUCUUCACCUCUCCCUCCACUGCAGCCCACAACUCUGCAUCCUCACAAAGGCCCUCAGCAGAGCCCAGCACAACGAAGGAAGCCACUGCAAGCAUAGCUUCCACAAGUGUUCCCUUGGAUGAAACACACACUCCCUCAACAUCGCUCAGGACCACCGGGAUUCAAGCCAGUAGACACACAGCUUCAACCACUGCUCCUUUAGAGGAAACUGACAGCCCUCCACCAAGUUCGAAUCCCACAGGAAACGAUAUCGGUACCACCCUGGCUACCAUCCGGACAACCUCAGUGGAGACACGCAGCCCCGCAACGGCGCACAGCCAUUUAACCCAAACGAGUUCCACAACGGCUCAUGUGGCUACCACAACCCAUUCCGGAAACACUCCCUUGUGGGAAACGCACACCUCCCUGACCACGCUCGACAGCACUGGGACAGAUAGCACCAUCGACGUGGCUUUAACUACAUCCCUCUCACCUGAAAGUCAUACCUCCUCAUCGGAUUCCACUAGAACCUUAACCGAUUUCUCCACCACCAUCACGAGUACAACAUCUGCCGGCCGAGAAACAUCCAGCUCGGAUACAGAUCUCAGCCGCUCAGCAUCAUCGAGCAACGUGAUGAGCACAGCGUCCAUGAGUGCUGUCUCCGGUGAAAUGCGCACUUCUGAAAAAGCCCCCAGCGCCACCACGAGUGAUAUCAAUCCUAGCACACCUUCCCCAAGACCUUUAACUGCAGAAACCCCAGGCUUCCCAACCUAUAGCAGCCCCACCGUUACCAAUGUCAAUACAACCACAGCUUUCAUGACUUCUCCUCCAGGUGAAACACCGAGCAGCACCGCAAAUACAGGCCUCACCGACAACGAGGAAAUACGGUCAUUGAUCGCACAGAUUCUCCGCAGAUCAAACUCGGAAGGAGAUACCCGUACAUCAAGUGGCAGCAGGUCGGCGCAGAUCAGUACCAGCCUCAGCGAUGGGACCGCAGAUGUGAUUUCCCAAGCCGAUACCACCAUGAAUAAUUCCUCUGAAACCACCCCAUACACAAGUACUCUCUCCUCCGAGACACUCAGUUCUGCGACAGCGCACAGCGCACCAGAAAAUGCCACUGGCACAGCAACUGAUGCCACUUCAAAACCCGCAUCCGCAAGUACUCCCUCGGCAGAAGCACAGGUCUCACCAACCAUGCCCAGCCCCACAGGGAAUGAGGUCGCUGGAAGCACAGCUUUGACAGGGACCCUCUCCGAGCAAUCCUACACUUCUUCAUACCAUACCAGCAGCGCCUUCAGCAAUGUCACCACAAAGGCAGCUUUCUUCACCUCUCCCUCCACUGCAGCCCACAACUCUGCAUCCUCACAAAGGCCCUCAGCAGAGCCCAGCACAACGAAGGAAGCCACUGCAAGCAUAGCUUCCACAAGUGUUCCCUUGGAUGAAACACACACUCCCUCAACAUCGCUCAGGACCACCGGGAUUCAAGCCAGUAGACACACAGCUUCAACCACUGCUCCUUUAGAGGAAACUGACAGCCCUCCACCAAGUUCGAAUCCCACAGGAAACGAUAUCGGUACCACCCUGGCUACCAUCCGGACAUCCUCAGUGGAGACACGCAGCCCCGCAACGGCGCACAGCCAUUUAACCCAAACGAGUUCCACAACGGCUCAUGUGGCUACCACAACCCAUUCCGGAAACACUCCCUUGUGGGAAACGCACACCUCCCUGACCACGCUCGACAGCACUGGGACAGAUAGCACCAUCGACGUGGCUUUAACUACAUCCCUCUCACCUGAAAGUCAUACCUCCUCAUCGGAUUCCACUAGAACCUUAACCGAUUUCUCCACCACCAUCACGAGUACAACAUCUGCCGGCCGAGAAACAUCCAGCUCGGAUACAGAUCUCAGCCGCUCAGCAUCAUCGAGCAACGUGAUGAGCACAGCGUCCAUGAGUGCUGUCUCCGGUGAAAUGCGCACUUCUGAAAAAGCCCCCAGCGCCACCACGAGUGAUAUCAAUCCUAGCACACCUUCCCCAAGACCUUUAACUGCAGAAACCCCAGGCUUCCCAACCUAUAGCAGCCCCACCGUUACCAAUGUCAAUACAACCACAGCUUUCAUGACUUCUCCUCCAGGUGAAACACCGAGCAGCACCGCAAAUACAGGCCUCACCGACAACGAGGGAAGUACGGUCAUUGAUCGCACAGAUUCUCCCGCAGAUCAAACUCGUACCCCCACAGAAAAUGGUAACACCACAGGAAUUCCUGUCACUGCAACUCCAGCUCCAACAAGAACACCCUCCCAAGAAAAACCAAGCCCUUCCAUGAAGCCAGCAGCACCAUAA